UCCGUGACAGUCAGGUCAUUGCUAAGGAAAUUGUUUGGCCUACAAAUUUCUCGUUAAUUGCAGUAAUUUCGGUUUUUCUGUUUCUAAAAACCACCAGAAGUUUCUGAAGUCAACUCACCGAUCAGGUCAUCUCGCUGUACAAUGUAAACGUUAAGGACAUCUGAGAUGACCUUUGACACCAUGAUUAUGGAUUACCCCAAUAUGGAAACUUUAUCACACCAAGAGUACGAGAAUUACUUUACGGAUUUAGAGCUGUAGUGCGAACGUUUGUUGAGAACAUUUCCAAGGAUUGUCCGGCUUCUUGUAAGACUGUUUUGACAGGUCUGUUUAGACAGGCCACUGUGCAUGGCUUUGGUCAACAUGAAUCGUUAUCAGAUGUUGAAGCAGGUUGGGGAUGGAACGUAUGGAAGUGUCAUACUAGGAAAAAUGGAGAAUGGAGAAAUGGUCGCUAUCAAAAAAAUGAAGAAGAAAUACUACUCCUGGGAUGAAUGUAUGGAUUUAAGAGAAGUCAAGUCCUUGAAGAAGCUGAACCACGCAAACAUCGUAAAGUUGAAGGAAGUAGUAAGGGAAGACAACCAGUUAUUCUUCAUCUUUGAGUACAUGAAAGAGAAUCUCUAUCAACUUAUGAAGGACAGAGACAAGCUUUUUCCAGAGUCAGUCAUCAGGAAUAUAAUGUUUCAAAUUCUGCAAGGAAUGGCAUUUAUUCAUAAACAUGGUUUUUUCCAUCGUGACAUGAAGCCUGAGAAUCUGUUGUGCCAGGGUCCUGAAUUGGUCAAGAUAGCAGACUUUGGACUGGCUCGAGAGACUAGGUCAAGACCACCGUAUACAGACUAUGUAUCCACAAGAUGGUACCGUGCCCCUGAAGUACUUUUGCGUUCAACGAACUACAGCUCCCCUAUAGAUGUCUGGGCUAUUGGUUGUAUCAUGGCAGAGCUAUAUACAUUAAGACCCCUAUUCCCCGGAAACAGUGAAGUAGAUGAGAUCUUCAAGAUCUGCACUGUCCUAGGAACACCCAAGAGGGAUGAAUGGCAAGAAGGUUUCAAGCUGGCCUCUAACAUGAACUUCAAGUUCCCUCAGUGUGUCACCCAAGCACUCAAGACUCUUAUUCCCAACGCCAGUAACGAUGCCUUGACAUUAAUGAAGGACAUGAUGGCCUGGAAUCCACAGAAACGACCCACGGUCACCCAGGCUUUGAGAUAUCCCUACUUCCAAGUCGGUCAGAACCUCGGACCAAAGAUGCCAGCAGUAUCAAAUCGUCAAAUGUCAGCUAACCGUGGCUUCAACCCACCACCACCACAACAACAUCAACAACAACAACAACAACAGAAAAGAGAUACAUUCGUAAAGAGAGACAGUUUCACAAAUGCCCCAAUGGACUAUAACAAAACUGUAUCUGGUGACCCAGAUGGUCUAGAUGACUACCUCACGUCAUUAGGCACGACAAAGAUCUCCAAGCAACCACCAGCAGCUAAAGACAUCACAUCCACUCAGAGAAAUCCAGCCCUGACCAAUGGUGCUGGAAACAAAAGCGGUCGAAGGAGGUGGGACUUUCAGCAGAAGGCAGAGCAGAUGGACAGCUUUGAUGAUUUUGGGGACUUUGACAGUAAGAAAGCUGGAGGUAUCGGUCUGCAAAAGAAAGUUGCUCCUGUCUUGAAAAAGAGAUCUUCAUUUGACUGGGAUGACGAUGACGAUUUAUUUGGGAGUCCACCAAAGAAUAAGACAUCCUACUCUAAGGUUCAAGCCCCUGGUAGACCAGUACUUGAGUCAGGUCGAUCGUCAGCAUCUUCAGCUAAACAGUUCUACAUCAGAUCAGCACGGUACAAACCAGGAUUGAAUCAGAAAAGCCCAAGGAAAGAUUCAUCUCAAGGUCUGCCACCUCUUGCAAAACUACCUUCUGGUCACAGCACGAGGGCCAACAACGUCCUAGGAGCGAGAUAUAACAACACUAAGCCAGAAGGAGGUUACGGUGCGAGCUAUAUGCCGUCCUUCGGACAGAAACAAGCCUCAGGAGUAUCUGAUCUGAAAUCAUGGAACCAGCCAAGAGCUCCAGCAAUCCCCACCAGUAACUUCUCCACAUCGGCUGGUAUCAGGCCGCAAGCGGUACACGGCAGAACUAACUGGGCUGCAAAGUAUGGCGGAGGAGUGCACUAAGCAUCAAGAAUCUGGUCAAAUGUAAGCGUU